UUUAGUUUAACCAAGUGAGUGACACAAACACGUCUAGUUUACAAAAAGAAUUUUCACUUUCGUAAUUUUAUGUAAUGCAAAACGUAUACCAGACUAAGCAUGGCAAAGCUGCGUCGCGUCGUAUAAUCCUUGCUUGGAUAAACAGCCUUCUCGGCACCAGUUUCACGUGUUUAGAGGACCUGCGAACCGGCGUGGAAUACUGUCAAAUGCUUCACAAGCUGCAGCCGUCGGCUAUUAGAUUGAAUAAGGUCUUCAAGAAACCGAGAACCCAUUAUGAAUUUGUGCAUAAUAUGAGACUGCUGCAAAAGAGCCUCUUCAAACAGGGCGUUGAGAAGCAAAUCCCCAUUCAGCGACUGGUCUCUGGUGGUAAUAGCGAGAAUUUGGAGUUUGCCCGAUGGUUCAAGGCAUUCUAUGAUCUUAACUAUCAACUGUUAAGGGGCGAAAUCACACAAGAUGCUCAGGAUAGUGAGAUAAAUGUAAUGAAGACAAGUGUAGAACCCCAAUCAAUGCCUGAAUGUUUCGGGGAUACCGAAAAAAACAGAAAUGGAUCAAGAUGUAGGAAUUAUUUACAUUCCAUAAAUCCUAGAUUAGUUUCAUCUGCAAGCAGUCCACCUUCAAAAGAACCAGUAAAAAAUUUUGAAAACUACCAGAGGUGUGAAUGUGGAAGUUAUAAGUAUUCAACAACACCCAGAAGUAACUCGGUAUUCAAAUCUAAUGAUCAUCAAAGAGAAUCUUUCUUAUUGCGGUUUCGUCGAAGGGAUUUGUUGGGCUCGAUGAACUCUACGGCAAACCUAAAGUGGUCACAUCUAAGAAAUCGCCACUAUUUUCGAAUGGCACACUCGUUCUAUGACAUGCUAGAGGCCGUCAAUAGAAGGACUGCACAUAUAAAUUCAACAUUAAAUACAAUUUCGAGAAACCUAAUUAGAGAAAAUGCAGAAGUUUCCAGCAAGGUUUUUCAUAAGAAAUACAGAAUCUUAUAUUCGCGAUUCAUCAAAAAUCCUAAUAACUUGAAAUCUAAAAGAGACUUACAAAAUACGCAAGAGAAUUCCCAACCAGUUAGGCUUCUGAAUUCGGAAAAUCAAAAACAAAAAACCUUACCGUCAAUAGACAAGCCUGACAUUGUCCUUGCCACGCAAGGAUUACCUUCAGAUGUUGAGGACCCCAGUAAAUCGUGGAAUAGUAAAAUCGACGUAGCAGAUGGGAAACCAGGCAACGAACCAGAUCUACUUCGAAGUCCAGAGUCAAUUACCACACAGAUAAUAGAGGAUUCUGGCACUGUUCUGAUUACGCAAAGUUUACCUUUGGAUGAUGAUGUGCUCAUGUCCUCUAAUCUGGAAACCUUAAGUGCAAAAGAAAAAGACCUCGGAGAACAAUCCACUUUAAAACAUGAUAUUUAUAAAGCUGAAAUGGAUAAGCAAACUAUAGCGGCAGAUGAUUUAAGUUCCGACUUCGAAAAAUUCUCAGAUGAAGAAGAACUUUCUCUUGGCCCAGAAUUGUAUUAUUCUUCGUCGGCAGAUGAAUGGUCCUUAAACUCACAGGAGGGCUGUACGACAGACAGAUGCUUUUCCCCCAGAAAACUUUCUUCUCCAACGAAUAACAGUUUGAAUUAUUCGGAAGAUUUAUUCCAGGCGGUGCUAAAACCUGACAAUCCGAUUUCUUUCGGAUUACAAAUUACAAAUAUUUGUAAUUCUGCAAAUAUUCGAAUGACAGACGAACUAUUGCAGAAUACAGAAAUUGAUUUGGAGAAAAUCGAUCCUAAGAACUGGAGUCUCUGUAAGAACUCCAAUGGGAAACUUCUCGGAAAACGUUUGGCUCAAGUUUUCUACCGGUCUAGACAGUUCAAACUGCGGUCGACAUUUGGUGGUCUUCAUAAACAGAAAACCGUUAAAAUCGAAUCCUUGAAGUAUUCGAUCAGAAAUUUGAAAACUGCAUCCCCAUCCAUUUCAUCGGAAGAAGAGUACUCUUCCGAUGAGUCUGACUCUGCUGUUGGGGAUAUAGAACAGAAACUCACAUGUGUGUUGGAGGAUUUGCAAAGAAAUCUUAAAAACCUCCGAAAGAUUUUGAAGAACCCCCAAAAGAUAAAUGAGAGAAGAAAAUCUCUUUAAAAACUUGAAUUAAAUUAAGAAUAUUUUACCGAUGGCAUGUGAUUUAUGCAAGAUAAGAUAUAGCACAUCAAAUCGAUUUGGUAUGGUAUCGAUUAAUAGAGAAAAAAAUAGUUUGAAUUUAGCAUGAAGUACUUAGUACAUACUUCUACCUGCAAGUUCUUUGUCUUUUUCGUCCAAAUUGCUUACAAAAAUUCUAGAAAUUUGCAUAAUCUUCAUCAGCUCAAUGAAAAAAAAUUGAAAAGUGUCUCACCCACCCAAACGAUUCUU